AACAAACAAGCGAACAUGAGCGGAAGAGGCAAAACCGGUGGAAAGGCCCGAGCCAAGGCGAAGACCCGCUCCUCCAGGGCCGGGCUGCAGUUCCCCGUCGGCCGUGUCCACAGGCUGCUCAGGAAGGGUAACUACGCCCAGCGUGUCGGUGCCGGAGCUCCGGUCUACCUGGCGGCGGUGCUCGAGUAUCUGACCGCUGAGAUCCUGGAGCUGGCCGGUAACGCGGCCCGCGACAACAAGAAGACCAGGAUCAUCCCCCGUCACCUGCAGCUGGCUGUCCGCAACGACGAGGAGCUCAACAAGCUGCUGGGCGGAGUCACCAUCGCUCAGGGCGGCGUGCUGCCCAACAUCCAGGCGGUGCUGCUGCCCAAGAAGACCGAGAAGCCCGCGAAGAAGUGAAGACCCCCGGGACAACAACCACCAACACAACGGCUCUUUUAAGAGCCACACACCCUCCGAUAGAGAGCAGCGACCCCCGAUCACAUCACAACCCAC